AGUAUACUCACAACAUAAUGUUUUAUCUUAUUAUAACCAAGCCAAGAAUUAUAUUCCCCAAUCACUCCAUCACAAUCCGCUUGUCUGUGUUUCCACUUGCGAACUGAAAGAGUGGAGCUUCCUCGGUAAGAAAAGAUGCAGAAGGACAUGAGAACCGCAGAAGAUCAACAUUUUCCACCAGGGUAUCCAGCUGCAGAAGAAGUCUUUGAACAACCGGGACAAGACAAGAAUAAGAAGAAGCCAUUCGAGACAAAGCAGAAAGGAGACAGAGGCUUCAUUGAAGGAUGGUAA